UCUGAAGUACAGGAUUCAAGAGAGGAGAAGGUUCAUUCAACCACGAUGAAUGCAGAUAUGGAUGCUGUUGAGGCUGAAAAUCAAGUGGAACUGGAAGAGAAAAUGCGGCUUAUUAAUCAGGUUUUGGAACUGCAACAUACACUUGAAGAUCUGUCUGCCAGAGUUGAUGCUGUUAAAGAAGAAAACCUGAAGCUGAAAUCAGAAAACCAAGUUCUUGGACAAUAUAUAGAAAAUCUUAUGUCUGCCUCUAGCAUUUUCCAGACUACUGACACAAAAAGCAAACGAAAGUAA